AUGGCAUAUAAUAGUUCUUCAAGAACAGACGAUAAUCCUGAUGACUCAUUACCUUCAUAUGAAGACGUUUUAAGGGAAGAUAGAAAUGCUGGUAAAUUUGAAACUAAUAAUAACAAUAAUAAUAAUAAUAAUAAUAGUGGCAAUAACUCUACUAAUAGCAGCAUUAACACUACUCAGCGUAGUAAUAAUUCUUCCCAUAACCAACAUCAUCAUACAUCCAGCAAUAGAUCAUACACUACAAGAAGUAGAACUAGGAUACCAUGGACUUAUCCUAAUUCAUAUUAUUGCUCGAAAUGUGAAAAUACAGGCUUUAAGAAGAGAAACGGUGAAAAGUGUUCUAAAUGCUGGCAACGAUUUGGUCCCCUAUUACCACCAAAAGGAGAUAGCAAUAAGCAUAAAAAGGGUCAUCUACUGUCAUCCAAAGCACCUCCAAAAAAGUUAUACAUGCCACCAGAUUCAGAAGAUUAUUCUAAUAAUACAUACCAACAGUCGAUAGAAAGACCCUUUAGGACCCAAGCAACACCUAAUAUGGUGAUGAACAGACCAAAAGUAAUUCGGACAGGGGGUAAUUAUGGUUUUCAACAAGCACAGCCACAAGGACUAGUAGUACAACCCGGUGAUCCGAGAAUCGGUGGCAGAUUGUGUGCGGAAUGUAGGGGUACUGGUAGGAUAAGUUUUUUUUUGGACUUUAAAUUAUGUCCAGUAUGUGGUGGUGUAGGGAGAGUGUUUUGA